AUGGUCGAUGUUGUAAACAUAAACAUAAACACAAAGUGUGCCGAAAUUCAUUACGACACUUCAGUAGAAGCAAACUUUCUCAUAAAAUGUAUUUGCGGCAGCACUUUAUCAGACUACAUUGCAUUCCAGCAGCAUUUUAUUAGUAAUCAUCUUCAGCCAGAGCUUCAUACCGUAAAGGGAGACAUCUCUGGGGCAUCUAUUAACUGCUUAAAUGAGCCUGUUGUUGAGCUACCAUCGUUGUCGGAGCUGCCAACGGGAUAUGAUGUGCUUACGUUUGUCGAGUCCAAGUGGAACAAUGAAUCAUCGCCGAAGCAACCUAAUAAGCGACGCAAUGGACCAAACUCUUGCACAUAUUGUGGGCGGACAUUUCGACGACGUUUUUUGCUGGACACCCAUCUGAAUAUCCACACUGGCAGCAAGCCCCAUCAGUGCGACAUGUGUGGCAAGCAGUUCCGAGCCGUCUCCACACUGACACGGCAUUUGCGCACGCAUAAAGACCGCAAGGAACUCCAGUGCCAGUACUGCGAUAAGCUAUUUACCCAUCGCAGUGCACUGCUCAGCCACGAGCUGCGGCACACUCAAGUGCGUCGUUGGGCUUGCAAUGGCUGCGACAAGAGCUUUUACACCCGUAAUCAAAUGGAUACCCAUAGGCGCAAGAUACAUGUUACUUGCACCACACACAAAGGCCAGGAUCAGGUAGACAACGCUGAACUAAGUCCAUCCUUAUUGCCGUUUACCUGUAAGCUGUGCGGCAACAGUUAUCGGAGUGCCUCCACGCUGAGCACCCAUAAACUGAAGAAACAUUAUCGCUUGGCCAAAUACAGCUGUGAACUGUGCGACAAAAAGUUUGUGGACGCUAAUCACCUGCAGCAGCACCAGUUUAUUCAUGUGAAGCCAGAAGCUGCAAUAAACAGUUAA